GCCAGUCGUGCGCCCACCGCCGCCGCGCACCGCCGCUCCGCCGCGCUCUGCCCCGCUCAAUGGCGCCUAUAUCGGGACCUCGCUCACGCGGGUGAUCUGUGGUGGGCAGCGGACGGCCGCGGCACAAACACACAUGCUGACGAUAUGGAUACAGUAUGGCCCCGGCACAUCGGCUCAACUCACUCGGAUGCCUGUCACUCUCGCUGCUAUGUCUCUUCGCCACUACUCUUCAAGUCACAAGCGAGUGCGACCGCACAUUCGUGAGUCGUGGCGGCGCGAGCAAUGGCACGUUCCACGCGCCGGAGCUCCUCAACCCCAACAACCACAGCCGCCAGUGUCUUUACACGUUCCUGGCGGCGCCGGGGCAGCGCGUGCUCGUCGAGUUCCGCACCUUCGACCUGCGUGGGAAGCCGCCCGAGUACGUGUUCACACUCACACAGUAUACUCACACAACCACAGCAGCCAGUGUCUGUACACGUUCCUGGCGGCGCCGGGGCAGCGCGUGCUCGUCGAGUUCCGCACCUUCGACCUGCGUGGGAAGCCGCCCGAUGGAGCCGCAGUGGGGGAGCUACCAGCAUGCAUGCACGAGUAUAUGGAUAUCUACUCGGAGAUGGCCUCGCUGGAGGCGGGCGAGCUGGUCAACUCGGCGUUCGGCGGGCGCUACUGCGGGCCCAUCCCGCCGCGCCGCCGCGUGUCGCUGCACCGCGCCGUCGCGCUCUCCUUCUACUCCGACAAGACCUUCGUCCCGCCCACGCUGUUCACCGGCACAUACCGCUUCAUCAACGCAUCGGAGUUCGAGGUGGGAACGCCAGUGCCGAACACUUUAUGCUCGUUCGUGAUCGACGCGAGCAAGCGCAAGACGGGGCUGCUGCUGUCGCCGACGUACCCCGGCAUCUACCCGAAGGACAUGACCUGCAACUACCUGUUCAGCGGCCAGCCGGGGCAGCGCAUACGCCUGGAGUUCCGCGACUUCGAUCUGUUUUUCGGCGGUCCUCACUGCCCAUUCGACUGGGUGCGCGUGUACGACGGGCCCGACAACUCAUCGGCGGUGAUCGGCACAUACUGCGGCCAGCAGCGCAACCUGGUGCUGUACUCCAGCGACGAGCGGCUGCUGGUCACGUUCUACACGCUGCCGCGCUCCGCCAGCACGCAGAACCGCGGGUUCAAGGGUAUCUUCGAGUUUUCAGAGAGUUUUGUUAAGUUAGAUUUUAUAAGUAAACACGACGCCGAGCACAUUAGGGGCUCAGAGUGCGACCAGAAGAUCCUGAGCAAAAAGGAAUCUACGGGAUUCGUGUACCAUCCAAAUUAUCCAUUCCCCUAUAUACAAAAAGUUGUUUGUAGAUAUUUUAUAUACGGUAUGCAAGACUCACAAAAUUUAGAAAGGGUGCGUUUAGAAUUUCAAAACUUUUCUAUACCAAAGGGAUCUAACCCGAAACCUGACUCGUGCCCCGACGGCUACCUCAAGGUGUACCUCCGCGGGCAGGAGGCGACGGACUCGUACGACAAGCACGACGCGGAGUUGUGCGGAGAGGGCGCGCCCGGCCCCCCCGCCUUCCCCGCGCCGCUGCUCUCCGACGGACCAAGGCUCGUGAUGGUCUUCAGCUCCGGCGAGCUGCAGGGCCGGGGGUUCAAGGCCAAAUAUACUUUUGAGACUGAAUACCGAGUGCCAGGCACAGCCGCUCCCGGCGGCGAGUGCGCCUUCACAUACCGCUCGGAGGCGAAGAAGCGCGGCGAGUUCAACUCCCCCCGCUACCCCUCCAACUACCCCUCGCGCACCAACUGCACCUACACGCUCGACGCCACGCCCAAUGAACAGGUCACCGUCGUCUUCGACCACUUCAAAGUCAAGGCGGACGGUUGGAACGCCACCGCUGGACUAUACGGUGGCGCAACGUGCAGCGAGGACUGGGUGGAGGCGUGGUGGACGGGGCGCGAGGGCUCGCGCGUGCCGCUGGGCCGCUGGUGCGGGCCGGCCACGCCGGGCCCGCUGCAGUCGCCGCGCGGAGCCCUGGGCCUGCUCAUCGCGCUACACACCGAUCUGGAAAACGUCGCCUCUGGGUUCAAAGCGCGAUAUGUUUUUGAGCCCGCAAAGUCGAUAUUCGGCGACUGCGGCGGCAACAUGUCGAGCGCAGAGUGGGGCGUGAUCACGUCGCCGCGCUUCCCGGCGCCCUACGAGCCGCCCGCGCGCGGCGCCGCCUCGCGCGUCUGCAACUGGUUCGUCACCGCGCGCCCCGGCAAGCGGCUACUGCUCAACUUCGAACACUUCGCUGUGGAGGGACAUCUCACUGAGCGUGGGUGCCCCGCAGCGGUCUUACGGCUGUGGUACGAGAGUCCAGGUCCGCCGCUGGAGCUGUGCGGCGAGAAGGCGCCCACCGACCGGUGGCAGUACCUCUCGUCUUCCAACUCCAUUAGGCUCUCGUUCAUAAUAGCGGACAAGUCAGUAGGCGCGGCGGGCUGGCGCGCCGUGUGGACCGAGGUCUCCGUCGGCGAGGAGUGCGCGGACGCACGCAGACCGGCGGAAUGCGCCGGCGCGUGCCUGCCGCCCGCCGCCGCGUGCUCGGGCCUACAGCACUGCGCCGCGCUCGCGCCGUCCCGACAACACUGUUAGUAAGCACGCUAGCGCACGCACGCACUGGGAUGCUAUUGUGAUUGGACUCGCUCACGGGACUAUUCCCACCUCUCGUUCCCACCACUGCAACUCCUGUGUAGCCAGGAUCUACAGCUUGACCGCCACAAAAACCCAACCAAUGAAGGUCAAGUUUGAUUGGACUCGCUCGUAAACCUCUAUGAAAAUUAGAACUAGCUUUCCGCCCGAGGCUUCGCCCGCGUGGAAUUUUGUCUGUCACAGAAAAAUUUUGU